GGACCUGUGGAUGCGAUGUACAGCUGAUUGUCGCACGCUCCGCGGAUAACAGUCACUAAAAUGAUUAGUGCCAAGUUUCUCAACCCGCACGUGCCAUUAUGUGAAUAAAGCCACGGGACACGAUACUGGGUGAGACAUCGCUUCUUGAGGACUGACAUUUUGGAGCAUUAUUGGUCCUGUCUCCUCGCACGGGACCUGUUGAACGUCACCAGCUCGUGCCUGCUCGUUGCGCGCCACUCCGCACUAUGUUAUUGUCCACGUUGGUCCUGUUCACGUCUCACGUCCUCGCGCCUCUGCUCCUCUGUCACCUGCGCCACGCGUGCGCACAGAAACCCGGCUCAAGGUGGCUGAUCGGGGACUGGGACAGUCACUGUGGGCUGACGUGCUCCAGGACUCAAGGCAAACCCGUGUGUGGCUCCGACGGCCGAAGCUACGAAAACAGCUGUGAACUGCAGAAGGCACGCUGCAAAGACAAGACGCUCACACUGGCUCAUCGAGGGAGGUGUCGAGGUAAAAACUGGGCAAGAAUUGAUCAGCCGGCUGUUGCGCCAACCACAGCUUCAGCGGUGAAAGAUAUUGAUUAUAAAGAUGGGGGACAGUCAAAAUGCCGAUCGGAGAGGACCCAGGCUCUGGAGCAGGCCCGCAGACCGCAGGAGGCCAUGUUUAUCCCCGAAUGUAACGAAGACGGGACAUUUGCUCAGGUCCAGUGCCAUACGCUGACAGGAUACUGCUGGUGCGUCACGAGUGAUGGGAAACCAGUUAGUGGCUCCUCCGUGCACAACAAGACGCCAGUGUGUUCAGGGUCAGUGACAGACAAGCCGCCUGGUCCAGUCAACUCAGGCAGAAAAGUCUCCUUCCGUUUCUUUCUCACUCUCAACCCAGAUGACGGCUCCAAGCCCACCCCCACCAUGGAGACCCACGUCCCACCAGAAGGAGAUGAGAUCACAGCUCCAACUCUGUGGAUCAAACAGCUGGUCUAUAAAGAGAACAAACAGAACAGCUCGUCCGCCAGAAAACAAGAAAAGGUUCCCUCUUGUGACCAGGAGAGGCAGAGCGCUCUGGAUGAGUCUCGGCUGCACCCCCGAGAGGCCAUCUUCAUCCCGGACUGUGGGCCUGGAGGACUGUACAAACCAGUGCAGUGUCACCAGUCCACAGGCUACUGCUGGUGUGUGCUGGUCGAUACAGGACGGCCCAUACCAGGCACCUCCACCAGAUACCGGACUCCAGAAUGUGACAAUGCUACUCCCUCUCCCAUCCCCUCCUUUCCAGACGGAGAGAUCCCAGGCUGCCCAGAAGGGAAGACAGUGGAAUUCAUUACAAGCCUGUUAGAUGCCCUCACAACAGACAUGGUGCAAGCUAUAAAUUCACCAGCCCCCUCUGGUGGUGGGAGGUUUGUUGAACCCAACCCCAGCCACACUUUAGAAGAGCGGGUGGUGCACUGGUACUUUGCUCAGCUGGACCUAAACGGCAGCCAUGAGAUCAACAAGAAGGAGCUGAAACCUUUUAAGAGAUACCUGAAGAAGAAAGCCAAGCCCAAAAAAUGUGCGCGAAGGUUCACCGACUACUGCGACCUGAACAAGGACCGGGGCAUCUCACUGCAAGAGCUGAAGGGAUGCCUGGGCGUCGGCAAAGAUGGUAAUGGAAACCAAGGGACACGGCAAGGGACAAAUCUAUUCAUCGGUCGUUUGGUGUGAGGAGACGAUGAGCACAGAGGGACCCCACCUGUCCGAGCGCUGCGUGGAGGAAAACCCAAGACACGAGCUGAAAUAUGAAGCCUGUAAUUUAUGAAAACAAGUGAAACAGCGCCGAAAUAUUUGCACUUUCUCCUCCCCAGGCCCAACAUCGUACUCAUAUGUACUGUAUGCGUGUGUGUAAGAGACUGAAGGUCUAAAAUGAGAAUAUAUUUGUGAAGAAGACAGGCUCACCACUGGAAGAGCUACAGCUGAUUUUGACACUUUCCCUGUCUAAUGUAUUGUGUUGUAAAAACAGUGUUCAUAAUUGUGUGGAUAAUAAAUUGUGUAAAUUCUACAUUUGUUUCAUAUGAGGCCCAGUGAAGUUUGAAGAAAUGUAUUGUGGGUAACUGUUAGGGCUUGACACUAACUGUUUUGUUGCUUUUUUCCCAGGUGACUAGCAAAUAUCCGUAAAAUUUGCAUGCAAUUUGAGACUAAACUAAAAUUAAACCUGGACUCGACCGGGACUAAAGCCUGACUCAAAAAAGACCAAAAAGACCAACAAUUUGUAAUUCAAACUGCUUUACAGAAUAAGAAAAACCUUAAAAUCUCAAUACAAACAACUAAAAACACAAAUAAUCAUCAUAAGAUUAACAUUAAAAGAGAAGAGUGCAAAAAAAAACCCCAAAUUUUCAGUCAUAUCCACAGUUAAACAAAACCGUUUGAGCCUGGAUUUAAACACUGACAAAGUAGAGGUCUGUCUCACAUCUUCAGGUUUUGCACAGAAUUCAAAGGGCCAAAGUGACUAGUGGGACUGAAUGAAACUGUACAUCAAACAUCAUGUGGGUAUAUUUAGUGUUAAUGUCAAGCCCUGUUACAAUAAAGUUUUAGGAAUCAUUGUCAGUUUCUUGUUCUUAGCAAAAGCUGCGUGCCAUUUGGUGGUGACAGCUGCUGACGAGACCGGAGGAGAGAAAACACCAUUGGGCUCAUUCACAUUUUAUACAGAUCAUUUCUAGUUCACAGAAUCCACUGCAUUUCAGCAUUAAACAUUGCUUGAUAGUCUUCACAAGCCCCACAGUUCAUUUUAUUGCAUAGUAGGGGCACAUGUCAUCUUAAUGUUGCGUUUAGUAAACUUUCUGUAGAAAAGCAGACACAACAGUGAGUCCUUUGGUGUUUAUUUCUGUCAGACGCUAAACAAAAUAUCUGUUAAUCACCAGUCUCCAUGUUUCCUCUCCUGUGUCUGGUUAUCAUUCCCGUGUUUCAGUUCAGUUUCUUCUUUUCUUCACUAAACAAUGUGAACUCCUAUUCUGUAAAUUACCAACAUUGUUGCUACUUUCAAAAUUCCUGUGAUUAUUGCAUAUUGUGAUAAAGCAUGGGGAUAGUGUUUGAACUGAAAUUGAAAAAUGUGUUUUUGUUUUUUUUUAAAUAACUUUUUCCUUCAUUGAUUGCCACAUGGACUUGCCUGUCUCUCAUAUAAAACACAGAACAAUUGGGAAAUAACUGAGCACACGCAACCCAUAUGUUUUUAAUGCAAAAAAUAAACUGCCCAUAUUUGGGAGCAAUUUGCUGUAUGAA